CACAAUCUUACUUAGCUUAGUUUUUAUUAUUAUCUUCAAAUCUACCUAAACUCUGUCUUGGUGAAACUCAAAACUCCCUUGCCCAAACUCACAUGUAGAGUAUAGUAGAAUAGAUCUUCAACUUUCUCCCCCACUUACUUCCACUUCCUCUCAGUUCUAGAAACCCUAACACACACAACUCAAUUUCGUUGGUAAAAAAAAAAAAUCAUCUUUUUAGGGAGAGAAGGUGGAGAGCGAUAUGGAAUUCGACGAGCAAGAGGAGCAGGAGGAGGAAAUGGGGAUGCCGGACCCGCCGGUGCCAGCGCCGGUCGCAAGUUACGACUCGCUUGGAAACUCCGCGGCUCGCUCCAAAGUCGGCGCCGAGGGACGGAAGGGCGCGUUCGGCGCCGCCGCGGUACGAUACCGAGAAUGCCAGAAGAACCACGCCGUGAGCUUCGGCGGCCACGCUGUCGACGGAUGCUGCGAGUUCAUGCCGGCCGGCGAGGACGGCACUCUGGAGGCCGUGAUUUGCGCUGCCUGCAACUGCCACCGGAAUUUUCACCGCAAGGAGAUCGACGGCGAGAUGACCUCCUUUCACCACCGAGCGCAGCCACCGCCGCCUCUGCACCACCACCAUCAGUUCUCCCCGUACUACCACCACCGAGUCCCGCAGCACCCCGGCGCCGGCGGCUACCUUCACCACCACCUCGCCACACCUCCAAUGGCGCAGCACCGCCCGCUCGCCCUCCCGGCAGCGGCCUCCGGCGGAGGACUCAGCCGCGAAGACGAAGACAUCUCGAAUCCGAGCAGCAGCGGCGGCGGAGGUGGCGGAGGAUCCAAAAAACGGUUCCGAACGAAGUUCACGCAGGAACAGAAGGAUAAGAUGCUGGCAUUCGCGGAACAGGUGGGGUGGAGAAUCCAGAAGCACGAUGAAUCUGCUGUGGAACAGUUCUGUGCCGAGACCAAUGUGGAGAGAAAAGUUCUCAAAGUUUGGAUGCACAAUAACAAGAACACUCUCGUAACAGUUGUCUUUGAAGUUGAAAGCAUGUCGUGGAAUGGCUUACAGAUUACAACAGUAGAAGAAGGUGGUCAUACAUUCCCUUUCUCUUUUUCUGUAUCCGUUUGAUCAUUUUUGGGCUGAAUGGAUCGAUGAACACUGUUAGCAGCAGAGUGGUACCAUCACUGUUCUGUUCGAUGGAGUUGUUGUAAUUGUAAGGGAAGAAGCAAUAAUAUAAUAGUGGUACACUGUCUUACUACACGACAAGGUCAAAUCAAAACUGAGGUAAGGUUGCCACUUGCAACAUCAUCCACACGUUAACAUGCAUCUUCAUGUAUUAGUUAAGACAUGACGUUGAACCUUCUGCUGCAUUUAUGUUUCCAACUAUUCAUUCCUAAA